AUGGGCAAGGGACCAAGUUUGUUUUCGCUGGAUGCGUUUGCGAAAACGCUGGACGACAGAAAGAUCAAAACCUCCACGGGAGGCAUCAUCACGAUCAUCUGCUGCCUCACGACGUUUGUGUUGCUCAACAACGAGUAUCAGGACUACAACCGGGUGGUGCUUCGGCCGGAGCUAGUCGUAGACCGCGACCGAAACGACCACCUCGACAUCAACUUGGACAUCUCCUUCCCACAGCUGCCGUGUGACCUCAUCAGUCUCGACGUGAUGGAUCUCACGGGGGACAUCGAGUUCGAUCUUCUCAAGAACGGGUUUACAAAGACCCGUCUGGACAGCGCCGGGAACGAGAUCGAGCAGGCGCCGUUCGAUGCGAACGUGCAGGGCAAGGAAGGGGACCAUAUUGGGGCGGCGGACGGGUACUGCGGUCCCUGCUACGGCGCCGUCAACCAGGGCGGGAACGAGGACAAGCCUGACGAGGAGAAGGUGUGCUGCAACUCGUGCGAGAGCGUGCGGAACGCGUACGCCAAGGUCGGGUGGAAGUUCUACGACGGCAAGGACGUGGAGCAGUGUGAGCGGGAGGGCUACGUCGACCGCAUCAACGCCCGGCUCGAGGAGGGCUGCCGCAUCCGCGGGACGGCAGAGCUCAACCGGAUCGGCGGGAACCUCCACUUUGCUCCCGGCGCCUCAAUCUCCGUCGGCGGCAGACACGUGCACGACAUGUCGCUCUUCGACAAGCACCCCAACCGGUUCUCCUUUGCGCACACGAUCAACCACUUCUCCUUCGGCGAGGACUCCCAUGAGCUCGGCGCCGUCUUUGCCAGUGACUCGCACGACCACCGCACGACGCACCCGCUUGACAACACCAGCGUUGACGCCCACAACAUGUACGAGAUGUACACGUACUUCCUCAAGGUCGUCAACACCCGUUUCGAGUACCUCGACGGCACCAAAAUCGAAACCAACGAGUUCUCCGCCACCCAGCACAACAGACCGUUGCAGGGCGGCCGGGACGACGACCACCCGAACACCAUCCACGCCCGUGGAGGCAUCCCCGGACUCUUCUUCUACUUCGACAUCAGCCCGCUCAAGAUCAUCAACCGGGAGGAGUACAACAAGUCCUUCAGCGCCUUCCUGCUCAGCCUCUGCUCUGCCGUCGCCGGCAUCCUCACCGUCGGCGCCAUCCUCGACAGAACCAUCUGGUCUGCUCGCCGCUUCAUCAAGGAGAAAAAGAGCACCUAG